ACGUGUUCAUGGACUUGAUGACAGGACUUCCGGCCGGUGCAUCCCAAAAUGAUGCUGUACUCGUGGUCGUAGACCGACUCAUGAAAAUGGCUCAUUUCGCGCCAUGCCGAACGACGAUCACAGCCGAGCAAACUGCCAAGCUGCUCAUCUCAACCGUCGUUCACCUGCACGGAAUCCCAAAGGCGAUCGUGAGCGAUCGUGACCCCCGAUUCACAUCCAACUUCUGGACGAAAAUGUGGGAACAGUACGGUACACGUCUCUAUCUGUUCACAGCUUACCACCCAUUGACCGACGGCCAGACUGAAUGGACAAAUCAUACAAUGGAGCAGCUGAUACGGACAAUCUGUACCGACUCGACCCAAUGGGAAGAUUCUCUUCCCUUAAUGGAGUUCGCAUAUAACAACGCCCCUUCGUCAAUGACUGCCCAAUCACCGUUCUACCUGAAUUACGGUCUAAACCACACGACCCCCAUUACACCGUUAAUUAAGAGCCCUGCCCCACGAUCGCAAAAGUUCGCCAAGGACUUACAGACAGCAGAGAAAAACGCUACCGAGGCUAUUUCAAAAGCCAACCUUACGGCCGAACGGUACGCGGACAGGCAUCGACAGGAUUUACCCUUGUUUCCUGGGCAACUAGUCCUCCUGGACACCAAUAACUUGGGGCUGAAUUUACCACAUUAACUCUGCCUGAGAUUUUGUAGACCCU